AUGAAACUGUUAUUAGUGAAAUUGUUUAUUUUAACUUUUAUUGGGAGAAAUGUGCAGGGCGGCAAUGAUUACAUUUUCCCCGAACAAAAGUACAUGAACACCAGCAUCGAUCCUUGCGACGAUUUCUACGAAUAUUGCUGCGGGAAUUUCAAAAAUAUCUAUCCUCUAAACAACGACACUUCAACCGUGGACCAAUUUACUCUACUGGAAGAAGAAAUCGACGAAAUAACCUACAAUAUCCUUUCGCAGCCGGACGCAAAGGACGAUCCUCUCGCCUUGAAGAAAUCCAAAUCAGCCUUCAAAGCUUGCGAGGAUACCGAAUAUUUGAACAAAGUAAUAAACCCAGAGAUGACCAUCGUCGAGGCUGAGGGAGGAUUCCCUUUAGUACAAGUGCAUUUAGAAAAGAUGAUGGUCAAAUACGACUUCCGAGACGUCGGAACUGCCACCAGUAAAUACGGGAUUCCCAUGCUGUUCGAUGUAUUAGCUUACACGGAUUUGGAUGAUGCCACUAAAAAUUUGCUAUUUAUUUCCCCCCUGACUUCAGUGGAUUUAACUCCAAAGGAUGUGAGUAGUAUUAAUCCCCAUCAGAGGCAUUCCUACCACCAGUUUAUCGAAAAAGCUUUCCAACAAGUAGCAGAAAAUGCUGAGGACUUCAAGCCCAAACGUAAUGCGAAAACCCCUCGACUGAGACCCUUCGAUAUCUUCUUAAGAAACAUGGCGAUCAAGCUCAGAAACGCCACCCAAAGUAUCCUAUCAAACGACCAAGUUUUCGAAAAUCUGGCCGAAGUUGUAGCCUUUACCAGAGGCGUUUUUAAAGGAGGAAUCGUUGGAAAUAUUACUAUAGAAGACUUCAAAAACACCACUUUAACAUUAAACGAACUCAACAAAUGGACGAAGGAGCAAUUCAACAACACCGUUGACUGGGAUUGGAUUGAAUUUCUGCAAAACCUGUUCGCGAACAGCGGCAAAACGAUAACAGGAGACACGGAGGUGAUGACUUACAAAUCGUUCGCCCAAUUCCUGUACGGAAUCGUGAAUUUGAUGAAGCAAACCGAAGAUCACGUCGUGAAAAGUUACGUUAUGAUGAGGCUUUUCACGCAUUUAUCGCCCGACGGGGAUUCCCUUUCCAGAGGUUACAUGGAUGAUUACUUUAGGAGCAUGAAUUUUACUAUUCUUCCUAGAUGGAAAUAUUGCACGAGAAAAAUCAUAGAUGCCGUUGGAACGGCUGGUUUGAGUUUUGCUGUUGCUUAUGAAUACCAAUUGCGACAUUACAAUGUUAAUAACCUUAGAAAAAUCCUGGAAUUGAUCGAGGCUCUUCACAAGGCGUUUAAAAAAAUCAUCGAGCAGACGACUUGGAUGGACGAUGAAUCCAAAAGCAAAGCUUUGUUGAAAUUCGACAACAUGAUCACAGUACUGGCGCAUCCGGACAUCUCGGCCGAUAGAAAGGCCUUGGAUAAAUUCUACGAAAACUUGCGCAUCUGCAAAUGGGACAACUACGGGAAUUCCUUCAGGAUCCAAGCCUUCAAGAACGCCUAUCAAAUUUCGCAAAUCGCCAAAAGAGAUAGAGCUUUUUGGGAUAAAUCCCCAUUCGAAGUGAACGCCUAUUACAACAGACCGAACAAUAAAAUGACUCUUCCGAUAUCGAUGUUAAACCCGGUGUUUUUCGGAAACGCAAACAGUAUACUGGAUUACGCGAGGAUCGGUGCUAUUAUUGGCCACGAAAUGACUCAUGGAUUCGAUAAAGAUGGUAUGAUGUAUGGUCCAGAAGGAACGCUAUCCCAAUGGUGGACCGAGAAGACUGCGGCAGCUUUUGCUAACAAAACCAAAUGCUUCAUAGACGAAUACAACGGGUUUUAUGUACCUGAAAUUAACGAAAACGUGAACGGUACGAAUACGUUGAAUGAAAAUUUAGCCGAUAAUGGAGGAUUGAGAGAGGCAUACAGCGCGCUCAAACAAUUUUUGAAAAAGUACAAGGACUUCGAUGAACAUCCGGAUUUCACGCCUGAUCAAUUAUUCUUUAUUGGAUUUGGAACUGUGUGGUGCAACAACCCCUCGCGAUCUUUCUUAGAAAAUAAGAAGUUUGACGAUCAUUCCCCGUCGAAAUUUAGAGUUAACGGAGUCGUUUCCAAUAUGGACGAGUUCUCUGAAGCUUUCCGUUGUCCCGUUGAUAGCAAAAUGAAUCCGAAAAAUAAAUGCAUACUCUGGUGA